AUGCACACCAGUCCCACCGUUGGCAGCGUUUACAGUAAAGAAUUCACCAGGGAAAGAAUAUUUGAAGCAGCGUCGCACGGAGACACAACUCAACUUAAUGGACUGGCUGAUUAUCUGAAAGCUAACAAUAAGCGACUUACCAGCCCUGAACUCCGAGAUGAAAGAAAUGGGAAAACAGCUCUUCUGAAAGCUUUGCUGAACCUGAAAGAUGGCAAAAACGACACCAUUGAAGUCUUCCUCGACAUUGCGGAGAAAACUGGAGAUUUAGAAUAUUUAAUCAACGCUGCUUACAUCGAUCCGUGCUACAAAGGUCAGACAGCCUUGCACAUCGCCAUUGAACGGAGGAGCUUCGACCAUGUGAAACUUCUGGUCCAGAAAGGAGCAGAUGUGCAAGCCAAAGCUGAUGGGAAGUUCUUCCAGCGUAAAGCCGGACUGGGGUUUUAUUUCGGAGAGCUUCCUCUGUCAUUGGCUGCCUGCACCAACCAGCCCAAUAUCGUGUCCUUCCUCAUGGACAACCCUCACAGAAAAGCUGACCCGACUGACAAAGACUCCCAAGGGAACACAGUCUUGCACACCUUGGCGGUCAUAGCUGACAACACAACAGAGAACACAGAUAUGAUUGUAAGGAUGUACGAUGACAUACUUAUUCAGCACCACAAACUGGAGAAGAUCAGCAAAGUCCAGUUGGAAGCCAUUGAAAAUAAUAAGGGGUUGACUCCUCUGAAGUUAGCAGCCAAGCUAGGGAAGAUUGGGCUGUUCAGGCACAUUUUGCAUCGGGAAUUCACGGAUGAGGAGACGAAGCCGCUGUCCAGAAAGUUCACAGAGUGGUCCUAUGGACCCGUCCACUCCUCACUUUACGACAUCAGCUCCAUCGACACCAAAAAAGACAACUCUGUGUUGGAGAUAAUCGUCUUUGGAAGUGAAAUUCCGAAUCGCCCUGAGAUGCUCCAGAUCGAGCCGCUCCGCAGCCUUCUCAAGGAUAAGUGGGACAGAUUUGCUUCCAAAUUAUUCUUGGUGAAUUUCUUGGUUUACCUGAUGUACCUGAUCAUCUUCACCUCCGUGGCCUUCUACAGAAAGGAAGGCCAGCCGCCGUUUCCUGUUGACGAUGCUCCUCUCGACUACGUGCGCUGCAUCGGUGAGGUCAUCAGUGUCCUCGGAGCUGUGUGGUUUUUCUAUAAAGCGAUAACUAUUUUCAGAAAGAAUCCCCCGAACUUCAAAGCUCUGUACAUCGAUGGAUUCUGUGACAUUAUUUUCUUCGUGCAGGCCGCUCUUCUUCUAAUCGGCGCUAUUCUGUAUUUCUGCGGGCGGAAAGAAUACGUGGGACUUCUCGUGAUCUCGCUGGCUCUCGCUUGGAUCAACGUCCUCUACUACUCCAGAGGCUUCAAACAAAUGGGGAUGUACAACGUCAUGAUGCAAAGAAUGAUCCUGGGUGACAUCUUACACUUCCUGUGCUUCUACAGCGUCUUCCUGUUUGGAUUUUCUGCUGCUAUCGUCGCUCUUAUCGACGACUCGUCUCCAGCUUUUAAAAAACAGGCCAACGCUACGCAAGCACGUGUUAUGACAUUUGACAUGGAGACGUUUAAGUGCAAGAGGCCGACGUACAACGAUAUUCGUUUUACAACACUGGAGUUGUUCAAGUUCACCAUUGGGAUGGGAGACCUGGAGUUUACCGACCACGUCCAGUACAAAGAGGUUUUCUACAUCCUCCUCAUCUCGUACAUAGUCCUGACUUACAUCCUGCUGCUCAACAUGCUCAUAGCGCUGAUGGGAAACACGGUCGAAAGAAUCUCAGAAGAAAGCGAAAACAUCUGGAAUCUGCGGAGGGCGAUGACUAUUCUGGACCUGGAGAGGAGUCUGCCGAGGAGCCUGAUGAGGAAGCUGAACCCUGCAGUGUCCAAGAUGUUGUGUGUGAGAAACGAGAAGAACGAGUGUAAAAGGUUCUUCAGGGUGGAGGAAAUGAACUGGAGACAGUGGCGGUCAGACGUCGCUCUAAAUCGUGAAGAAGAUCCUGGAAAUGACAUGAUGACAUCACAGCCCGACGACCAGAACAAAGGGAACGGGUGGAAUUUAAAUCCACUAUUUGAGAAGAUUCGUGGAAGAAGAACGCUGCAACGGCAAGCACCUAUUCCCUAAUUUCAUUAAAAAAUCCUCCCAAAAGUUGA